GCUGCCGCAGCUGUACGCACACACACAUACACACAUACAUACAUACACACACACACACACACGCACGCAUACACAUCAAAGGCUCUCCUCCGCUUCCACACUGCAGCCCUCAGCGACUGCUGGCGCCUCUGAACGGUGGAGCCGCCUCUUCCAAUUUUUAUUAUCAUUUUUUUUUUUUUUUUCCACGCACAGAGGGAUCGGUGUCCGGGCUGCGGAACGGGACGCAACGCGGACCUAACUCCGGAUUUUUACCCGUCUACGUCGAGCCGACGCCGAGAUGAUGCACUGAGGAGAGAACGGCACAGGCUCCCCGGUCGUGCUCAACCCGAGGCUGCAGUGAACGGAGCGGAGAUUGCGGUACCGCCAGGUUAACAGUCGUCACCAGUAAAGCUCGUCUCUGUGAGCGGGGACCGGCCCUGAGAGGGUUGAAUCUCGCCCCUGUGCGGGGGGAUCGGCGGAGAAAUUUUAGCUCUAAAAAAAUUAUGGCCACCCUACUGCGGAAGAUCGGUCUGAUCCGUCUGCACGACCGAGACACCGAGGACCCAAAGCACCACCAGGGCUCGUUAAAGGGGAGCAAGGGGAGCCAGAAAAACAACGCCAACAAACACUGUCAGACCGCCAACGAAACCAACAUCCUGAGCACCCCGGAGAUCAAGGCGAGGAAGCUGGACCAGCACGGCAAGGACAAGCCGACCGGCAAGGAUAAGCAGGGCAAGGAUGCGAAGGAGAAGCAGCAGACGGCGGGAGGCGGGAGCAAAGCAACCAGUGCCUCCUCGAUAGCACCGCUGGCGCCUCAUCGGCAACACUGCACCCAGGUCCGGACGCGGAGGCUGAUGAAGGAGCUACAGGAGAUCCGGAGGUUAGGGGACAACUUCAUCACGGUGGAGCUGGUGGAGGACAACCUGUACGACUGGAAUGUCAAGCUGCACCAGGUGGACAAGGACUCGGCGCUGUGGCAGGACAUGAAGGAGACCUGCACCGAGUUCAUACUGCUCAACGUGACCUUUCCCGACAAUUUCCCCUUCUCGCCGCCGUUCAUGCGGGUCCUGACGCCCCGGCUGGAGAACGGCUACGUGCUGGAUGGCGGGGCCAUAUGCAUGGAGCUGUUGACCCCGCGCGGAUGGUCCAGCGCCUACACGGUGGAGGCGGUUAUGAGGCAGUUUGCGGCCAGCCUCGUAAAAGGACAGGGACGUAUAUGUAGGAAAGCAGGGAAGUCCAAGAAAGCAUUCAGCCGUAAGGAAGCCGAGGCCACCUUCAAGUCCCUGGUGAAGACCCACGAGAAGUACGGCUGGGUGUCCCCACCCGUGUCCGACGGCUGAGUGCUCGGCCGCUGACCCCAUGACCCCCGCGCUAGCCGGACAAACCCAGCUAGCCCCGACACGCAAAACGACACACCACGCUAACUCAACGAUCUCUCAUCUUUACCUUACGGUGUUUCACUCAAAAGUUUUCCUCUUUUUCAGUUUUCUGUGUCUGUUUUAUUAUUUUUUUAAUUUUUUUGUCCUCCAUCUUCACCAAAACUCUCGGAGAGCAGACACACCGUCACCAUCGUCACUCCUCCAACAAGAAACAACUUUCGUUCACCUCCCUCUUGCCCAGGGAGAUUCUUUCCCCCAUUUCGGAAAGGCCUGAGAGCGAGUUGUGUGUGUGUGUGUGCGUGCGUGCGUGCGUGUGUGUUUGUGUGCGUGAGUAUCUGUGUGUGUGUUUGUCACUCCAUCGGACAUCAGCUGGGAGUGUGUGCACGUGUAUCGGAGUGUGUGUUACUGUGGUGGAUUUCUUUUUGGUUUUUUGUUUUUUUCCAACGCACACCCAUGCAUGUGCACUUGGACAAAUCAAACAGUGUGGACUUUUCCACCCAUGUGAAAGACUACUAAAUGAGGGAGACUCAUCCCCCUCCCCUGUUCUCACCAUCCCAUCCUCUUCUCUCUUUCCGUCCCUCGCUCCUUUCUUCUCUUUAGCGAUGAACUGGCAUUACUUCCCACCGUCUCUCUAUGUCGCUGUCGGGUCAUUUACAUGUAAAUGAAGCUGUUAAUGUUUAAUAGACAGGCAGCACACUGGCGUUUAUACUCACUCAUUCACUCUGUCAUUUCCCCUUUUUUUUCGACUGUGCCGUUGCUCACAGUUCAAUGCAACAUGAAGAUUGUAAUUUACGUGGAGCUGUGCUCUCUCUUUCUCUUUCUUUAGCUCGCUCGUUCACUUUGUUUUUCUUUCUUUCUCUCCGUCUCUUCUGGCUAAGUUUAGAGCUCACUGUUGCGUAGAUGGCUAUUGAUUUCUAACGGAGAAAAAAAGUCACAUGUUGCUUUAUGCAGAGACUAUGUAUGAUAAAUAGAAUGACAGUCAAUCGCCUCUCUUUCUUCCUCUCUUUACUCUCAUGUUAUAUUGUGUGCGUGUGUGUGUGUGUGUGUGUGUGCGUGUGUGUGUAGGAGAGGAAGAAGACCGUAAUUCCCAUGAUUUAGAUACCAGAUGGUACAGCUGAAGGCCAGGCCUCAGUAUGUGUGUGUGUGUGUGUGUGUGUGUGUGUCUGUGUGUGGGUGUGUGUGUGUGUGUGUGUG